GUUUACUUUAUUCUUUCUUUAGUGCUGUAUACCUGAGCAGGCUUUCGGAAUAUAAACAGUUUUACCCCCGCCCCCGCCCCAUGACGAAAGCUGGAUCCGCCAUUGCCCUCACUCUCUGCUUCUUCAUUGUCUCCCAUAUGUCUCCCAUAAAUAAAUAAAUCUUGAAUCACGUGGUACAUCCCGGAUUCACGUGAUAGUGGUUAGACAUGUGACACAGAAGGAAAGAGAGAGAGUGUGUGUGAGAGACAAGACAGCUAGAGAGAGCGCGAAAUGUUUUUAUUUAUAUAAAUAGACGUCACAAACACUACUGAUCACUUUGCUUCUGCAUACUCCUCCCCUAUUCAGCUUCACACACGAGCCUUAUAUCAAAAGACCAUGAAGUAUCUCGUUAUCUUGUUACUCUGUGCGGUUGGCGCCCUUGGUGCCAGAGUUCCAUCACGUGACCUGGAUGAAGUAUGGAGUGAAUGGAAGUCGAAGAAUGGCAAGAUGUACGGAGGCGUAGAAGAGGAAAAUAACAGGCGAAAGAUCUGGGAGGAUAAUCUUAGGAUCAUCGAGAAGCAUAACAUUUUGCACAGCUUGGGAGAAAAGACAUACCGUCUUGGCAUGAACGAGUUUGGCGACAUGACAAGUGCAGAAUUUGUAGCGACGAGGACCAUGAAGAGGUUAUCAAAUAGGCCAUCUGUUCAUGGAUCUACCUUUCUCCCCUCGGAGUUCCUUAAGCUUCCUAAGUCUGUAGAUUGGAGAACAAAGGGAUACGUCACGCCAAUUAAGGAUCAGGGUGCAUGUGGAUCCUGUUGGGCCUUCAGUACCGUGGGUGCCUUGGAAGGCCAACAUUUCGCUCAGACUGGUAAACUGGUGAGCUUGAGCGAACAGAACCUGGUGGAUUGCUCUGGUGCUGAAGGUAACGACGGUUGUGAAGGUGGUUGGCCAGCCUGGGCAGAUGGAUACAUCAAGAGUAAUGGAGGAAUCGACACAGAAACUGGAUAUCCUUACGUAGGACAGGAUGAAACUUGCCACUUCCGAACAUCGGACAUUGGUGCGACCAUAACUGGUUUCUCUGAAAUCGAGGCUGAAAGUGAGAAAUCACUAGAGAAGGCUCUUGCCCAGGUCGGUCCAAUCUCUGUAUGUAUUGAUGCCAGCCAGCCAUCCUUCCAGCUUUACGAGUCAGGUGUGUACAACGAGCCUGACUGCUCCUCAACCUUAUUGGACCACUGUGUUACAGCUGUGGGAUAUGAUGUCACAGAGAACAACCAAGAUUACUACAUCGUGAAAAACAGCUGGGGAACGACAUGGGGUCAAGAAGGAUACAUCUGGAUGUCACGUAAUCAAGAUAACCAGUGCGGUAUUGCUACAAACGCCACCUACCCAUUGGUUUAAACAUUAACUGCCUAAAUAUAAAUAUGCAAAUGGUACCGUGUGUUUGGGGCCGGAGGGGGGUGAGAAAAAAAUACUGAAAAAAUGCGUAUUCACACUAUGCUACCAUUUUCUUUAUUCUCACUCCACUCUUAACACUUCCAGUGUCACUCUUCCAUUCUCACUCUGUCUAUCUCCUCCACUCUAUUUCGAUUGGCUUUCAUUUCUUAAUAUGAUAUCAAACUAUAGUGUCGUCCUCAAUGUAGCUUUGCCACUGUGAAAGAAAUAUCAUGACAUCCAUGAUCAAUUAUCUUGAUUUUGUUCUAGGUGGAACAUAAUGUUCAAAAUUCUUAAAGGACAAGUCCACCCCAACAAAAACUUGAUUUGAAUAAAAAGAUAAAAAUUCAACGAGCAUAACACUAAAAAUUUCAUCAAAAUCGGAUGUAAAAUAAGAAAGUUAUGACAUUUUUAAGUUUCGCUUCAUUUCACAAAACAGUUAUAUGCGCAUCCCGGUCGGUAUGCAAAUGAGGGAACCGAUGACAUCACUCACUCACUAUUUCUUUUGUAUUUUAUUAAAUGAAAUAUUUUGAUUUUCUCGUCAUUGUCAUGUGAAAUGAAGUUUCAUUCCUCCCUGAACACGUAGAAUUCCAUUAUUUUAACAUUUUGUGGUUCAGGCAAUGAGGUCCUAAUCGUCAAAUUCGUAAAAAUUGAAGUAUUAUUCAAACAAUAAAAAACAAAAGAAAUAGUGAGUGAGUGACAUCAUCGUCUCUCUAAUUUGGAUGUCACUGGCUCGUUCAUAUAACUAUUUUGUUGAAAAUAAGCGAAACUUUGAAAUGUCAUAACUUUCUUAUUUUACAUCCGAUUUUGAAUAAAUUUUUAGCAUUGUGCUUAUCUGAUUUUUCUCUAUUGAUUCAAAUCAACAUUUUUCUGAGGUGGACUUGACCUUUAAAUGGUAUCAAUGUGUUUUUACGCAAAGGAAAUUUUCCAGUACUUGAUGAUAAUGAAACCAUUUUUUCGAUCAUGGAACUAUGUUUUUAGUAAUUUAUUUACAGAAAAGAGAUUACGGUCCAACAUGGAGAGGACCCAAUAUUACAUUGUUUGGACUAUGAGCCCCGUCCAAGAUCAAUAUGUGAUAUGAUUGUGUGUACAUAAAAAAACCGAUGAAAAGUAUAUUAAUUUCAUAAUUUAAAUAAUCUCUCGCAUUUAAUAAAAGUACUAUAUCCUCUGAUUAUAUUUUUGUACGCUGUUAGUUUUUCUGAAAUUAAAGAAUAAUUUUGCAUAAAA